ACGCUCAUUGGCCGGUUCCGUGCAUGACGCGCAAAUGCGGAAGUGAACAACCGCCGGAAGAGGAAAAUGGCAGCUCACAGGUGCAGCCGCUCGGCUCUGCUGCUUAUUCUGUGCGGUUUGACGCUGUUUACAGCCGCAGACAGUCAAGAAACGACAGUGAAUGGUGGCCACCAUGCCUCUGCGGUGGAAAAUCAACAAACAGCCACCGAAACAGCGGAACAGACGACCGAGCAGCCCGCGGUGGAGGAGAGGCGCUGGGAAGCAACUGAGGUUGAAGAGGCGACUCCGGAUGAUGCUGCAGCCGACAAGCAGGACUCUCCUGUCCCUGAAACCGUGGUGCCCUCAUCGGUGCCACAGCCCAAAGACGAUUUCCAGGAGGAACUGGUCAUCAGGCCGCUGCACUCAGGAGAUAUUUAUGCCAGCUUCCAGUUCCGCACCGUGUGGGAAACUGAUUUCUCGAGAGGAAACAAAGUGUCCCACUACCGGCUGUUUCCCAAGUCUCUGGGCCAGGUCAUCUCUAAGUUCUCAGUGCGAGAGCUGCACAUCUCUUUCACGCAGGGCUACUGGAGGACAAUGCAGUGGGGGCAGCCCUUCCAGCCGGCUCCUCCUGGGGCUGAAAUCUGGGUGUGGUUCCAGGACUCCGUGACAGAUGUGGACAGCACAUGGAAGGAGCUGACCAAUGUGUUGUCGGGGAUCUUUUGCGCUUCGCUGAACUUCAUUGACUCCACCAACACAGUUCAGCCCAGUGCGUCCUUCAAGCCGCUGGGUAUAGGCAACGUGACGGACCACCGCUUCCUUCGCUAUGCCACCCUGCCACGAGAGAUUGUUUGCACUGAAAAUUUGACACCUUGGAAGAAACUCCUGCCAUGUGGUUCCAAGGCUGGUCUCGCUGUCCUGCUGAAGUCAGAGAAACUCUUCCACAGCAGUUUUCAUUCCCAGGCAGUUCACAUCAGGCCCGUGUGUCAGGACUGGGAGUGCAAAACCACAUCCUGGGAGCUGAGACAGACGCUGAAUGUGGUGUUUGACCUGCACACCUCUGCACAGGGUAAACGAGAAUGGUCUCUUUUUAAGAUGUUCUCUCGGACCCUGACGGAAGCUUGUCCACUGGCCUCAUCCAGUAAAAUCUAUAUCGACAUCACAGACAACCCCGAGGGGGAGCAGUUUGAGGUGAGCCCGGCCACUCCUCUGCUGAGCCAGGCAUCCGUGCUGGGGGACAGACGAACCUUCUCCGUCUACGAUCUGACCCAACAAAUCACCUUUGGCACCGUGCGCUCCCUCAACCUGCUGAUCCGCUGGAAAUCCAGUGAGGGUGACAUGCUGCGUCCCCUGCUUCACGGUGAGCGUUACGUGGCAGGUUACGGGCUGCAGACGGGAGAGAUUCACACCCUGAUGUACAACUACCACCCAUACAGGUCUUUCCCUGUGCUGCUGCUGGACUCUGUGCCUUGGUAUCUUCGUCUCUACAUCCACACCCUUACUGUCACCAGCAAGGGAAAGGACAACAAGCCCAGUUACAUCCACUACCAGCCGUCUAAGGACCGCGUGAGGCCCCACCUGCUGGAGAUGCUCGUCCAGCUUCCUCCCAACUCUGUCACCGAGGUCACAGUGCAGUUUGAGAGGGCUCUGCUGAAGUGGACUGAGUACACCCCCGAUCCCAAUCACGGCUUCUAUGUGGGGUCUUCAGUAAUCAGCUCUCUUGUGCCAAGCGUUGUCGCCAUGGAUACUAACAGCACUCGGGAGCGCCCACUGUUCAGCAGCUUUUUUCCCUGUAAAGAGGAGUCCAGCUACUUCGUGCGUGUCUACACGGAGCCUCUGCUGGUCAACCUGCCGACUCCAGACUUCAGCAUGCCUUACAAUGUCAUCUGCUUGACCUGCACAGUGGUGGCCGUGGGCUACGGCUCUCUUUACAACCUACUGACCCGGAGCUUCCAGAUAGAGGAGCCCAACCCAGGACUGGCCAAGCGAAUAGCCAACGUCAUCCGCAAGAUGAGGGGCGUGCCACCGCUCUGAGGCUGGACGCCGUGCCGACUGCCUCUACUUUUAGAAAGGAUGUUUUCCUUUUGGUGAAACCACUUUUAAACAUGUGACAUUCAGGGAAGAAACUGAGUCAAGCACUGGUAUGAAUGUUUUUAAAGCAGUUAACUUGAAGGUUUUGGGUUGUAUCCAGGGUGAUUUCCUGCCGGCUAAGGACAAUGUGAUGCUUGGAUGAAAAGUCAGAGCUUUGUUAUUGUUGAAACAGAAGAAGGAACCAAAGCUGUGCAGUGUGCAGCAGUGGUAACUGCAGCAGGGUUUUUUUUGGUUUGAUUGUUUUUGUUUUGUGGAUGUUUGAAGCCAUAACUCUAACACAUUGUAAUACAGCCACUGUGUCUCUGAGGUAAAGGUUGCUGCUGUGAGGACACUGUGACCAAAGACUGAUGGCUUUAAACAACAUUGGAUGGAAAAAAGCCUGACCACCUUUGUUCACAUAUUGUGUUCCUGACCUGCAGAUUGCUUCCUCCCUGCUGGGAAAGAUAGGCUAACUCAUUCAGAAUGUCACAUUUCUCAAACCUCAGUUAUAUCCAAAACACUGAGUUCUCCACCUCCAACCUCAAAUUCACGCAAAAUCAAAGUCUAACUAUGGAAGAUCCUCCUUAUUUAAUGGUUCCUGAUGCAUUUUAUAUAAUUUUAAUAUAUGAAUAUGGAGAAAGAAGAAUUAUUGCUAUCAAGAAUUGAAUGGUUGGUCAGACAUCCCUGUAAGCAUGAGCAAUAAGGUUUUGUGUCUGGAACUGCUUGUUCUAUAAAAGGAACACCCCGCUUACCAAACAUUUAUUUUUGCACUCAUUGGUUGUUUUGAUGCAUGCUUUGAAUGUGAAUUGCAGAUGUGUGCAGGUCUCUUCAUGAUUAAUUGCCUUCAGUUUGUCAGGUUGUUGACUCAUUCACUCAUCAGUCCUAUGCAGUUUAACCACAGCGAGUAGAAGUCUGUUUUUUUUUGUUUUUUUUUAUUGGAAUUGCCUUCCACUGAUGUGAAAUACUACCAUGUAAAAGCAACACUAUCCUCUGCUGAGGUUGUCUGCCUAAAAAAGUCCAUUCUGUUUUACUUGCAGGGCAAAAAGAGUGUGUGCACUGAGAAUGUCUGAAGCAGUACUGUGUGUGCGCUUGUGUCAAAAAACUCCAAAUGUUCCAUAUUGCAUUUUUUAAUAAACUGAUAAACAUGUUAA